AAAAGCGCUUUUUUAAAUAAUUUUAAUGAACCUGUUCACAGUAUCAGCUCAACCCACAGUGGCCCCGCCCCCUCUGCCAAUCAACCACUCCUCGCGCGUGCGCAGGAGUCUCCUGCGCCCAGAGCCCCGCCCCGAGGUCGAGGCGGGCGGUUAGAACUGGUAGAAGCCUUUCCUCCACUGAUCCACCUGCUAUGACGAUCACCUACAGCUGCAUUGCUAAUGGACGAGCGGUCCUAGCGGAGCUGGCCUUGACCGGCGGCUCCUAUCAGGAAGCAGCAGCAAAAGUGCUUAGCCUGGUGCUUUUUACAGCCAGACCAGAGACCACAGUGCAGAUGGGAAGCUAUGUCUACCACACUCUCCUUAUCGACGGAAUUACUUACUUAUGUGCUACAGACAAUGCCCUGGAUAUGGGAGCACCAUCAGCAUUUCUUAGAGAAGUUAGUGAUACUUUUACAAGAAACCCUUUGAUGUCACAAGAACAUUUUUGUCCUUCACAUGCAGUUGCUGCAGACUUUCAACAAGUAUUAGGACAGUAUAUGAUGAAAUACAAUAAAAAUCAAGGUAACAGCAUAAUUUCCACAAGGAGGAGUCAAGUGAUGGAUAUAAAAAAUUUUAUGAUCCAAAAUGUUGAUACAAUUUUGGAAAAAGAAGAAAGAUUAAAUUUUUUCCUUGAUGGAACAGAUGAUUCCUCAACAACUGACAAAGAAUUCCAAAAAACAACAGAGAUUCCUAGGAGGAUAUGGUGGAAGUACUACAAAAAGAUUGUAAUUAUCACCAUGACAAUUCUCCUUUCAAUUAUUAUCAUUCUUUUAAGUACAAAUGUAAUACCACUCUGACCCUCCUCUCAUCCCCAACAGGUGCCAGUAAAUUGUUA